AUGUAUGCAGAUGACACGGUUCUUUAUUUCUCUUCCUCUACGUUGUCGGAACUUGAGGAAAAUUUGAAUGCUGACCUUGAAAUCCUUCGCAGAUAUUUAAAUGACAAUCUUUUAACUUUGAACGCUGAGAAAAGCAAAUUUGUAAUCUUCGGCAGCACGCGUAAACUCAAUUCAUUCCGUGAGUUUUCAUUAGAGAUCAACGCACAUAACUUGGAACGUAGAGACACCUUCAAAUACCUUGGCAUUAAACUUAAUCAAAAUAUGUCUUGGUCGGACCAGAUUGAUGCCCUUAGCAAAAAAGUCAGCCAACGACUUGGAGUUCUGCGUCGUGUUAAGUAUUUGCUGCCUCUACAUGGUCGUUUGGCGAUAUAUAACAGUCUCAUUUUACCGUUAUUUGAUUAUGCAGAUAUUGUGUGGGGGGACAAGAACAAUAAAGUCCUAAUGCAUAAUCUCCAGGUUCUGCAAAAUAACGCAGCAAGAACUAUACUGGAUUAUCCCAAAUACUUUUCCGGUACCGAAGCCCUCGCACAGCUAAACUGGAUGCCUCUAUCAGAACGUCGACGCCAACACCGUUGUAUUGGUAUUUAUAAAUGUAUAAAUAAGUAUAUAAAAUAUCAAUUCAACCUAGUUCAAAACGUUGAAAUUCACUCCCACAACACACGCCGCCGUCAGGAUUUACAUCUUCCACGCUCGCGUACUAACUGGGGAAAACAACGCUAUAUAUACCAAGCAGUCGUUGAUUGGAAUAACCUUAAUUUAGACCAAAGACAAUCGAACAAUUUGACUUCUUUUAAGAACUCUAUAUAAUAACUCUAUAUUAACUUAGACCAAAGACAAUCGAACAAUUUGACUUCUUUUAAGAACUCUAUAUACGAUUUUAGCUGAUAUAAUUUUAAACAUACUUUUUUAUAUAUGCUAUUAUAAUGUAGUUUCAUUUGUAUUUUAAUUGAUAUCGUAGGACCUGCCUGAAAAUCACCUUGUUGUGAGUGUAGCUUCCUACUGAAAUACUGUUAUAAUAAUAAUAAUAAUAAAGUUCAAAUAUUUAUUCGAAAUGUCCAAGCGAAGAUGCGAUAUACAAAACGAAUUGCAGUUCUAGAUUCGUCAACAAACAAUUUUUCAAGUUCAAAAUAUUGAAAGUUCAGCGAGAGAGUUCAGUGCUUUUUGGUGUAUUUUUAUUAUUAUUAUUAUUAUUAUUAUUAUUAUUAUUAUUAUUAUUAUUAUUAUUAUUAAGUAAGUGAAUUGUAGACUCAUUUGUAUUUACAAAGUGAGCCGCCAUUUGUUUUUUCAAAUCAUUAAUUGUGCAAUUAAUGAAAAAUUACACUUUUAACCAGUCAGAUUGCAGUAAUUUUGUCAGGUAUAUAGUAAUAAAAGUAAAUAAAGAAUGUUAAAGGGACAAAUGAAAUGCAGUGAAAAAAUUAAAUAGUAAAACCAAUGAACCAGGAAAGAAAGAAAUUUAAUAAGGUAUCAUAAAUGUUCAAGGAUUCAUAAAUGUUCAUACUAUUUUUUCUAUGUAUAGAUGAAAGAGUAAUUGUAGGAUAUGCCAUUUAUGUCAAUUCGUAUUCGACUUGGAAAGGAAGGUCUCUUUGGAUUGAAGAUCUCUUUAUUAGACCAGAUUCACGAGGUGUGAUAUUAUCAAAUUGAUUGUCUCACUAAAUGCACGCGUAGGAGUGUUUUGCCAUAUUUAAAAUGCGAGUGCGUUGCACGAGCAUUUUAGAUAUGAUAAAAUACGACUACAAGACAUAGUGUUUUGAAUUGCUUUGAAGCACGACUAGAAUAGAUGCCGUCUCAUUAGUAUUCUUUACAUAAAGAAUGCUAAUUAGGAUGGACUUUUAUAUAAAGAAUACUAAUGAGAUGAGUUUCAUCAGGUAUAAAGCCUCAUCACGUGACAAAUUUGAAAUAUUAAUCAAAGCCUUGUUUAUGAAACAAAUGUUUUUUGUUGAAUUUUCGAUUAUUUACUCUCAGUUUAUAGAAGUAGUAAUGGUGGAGUGUGGCCACACUCCAUCACCACACUGCGCCACCACACUUCGCCACCACACUCAGCUACACCACCUCACUCCGCCGCCACACUCCACCGGUAUCACCACACUGCGCCGCCACACUCCGCUACAAAAAUUAUCUGCCACACUCCACCACCACACUCCACCGCCACAAAAAUCCAGCCCGAACGGCCCUAGGGUAACGUUUUGAUUAAGAAACUUUAACUUCUCAAUUUUCAAUAUAUACUGUAGUAAUAGAGAAGUAUAACAGUUACUAGUUUUCUAACAGUAUGAAUGAGAAAUUCACUCGUACAUGUUUUGCUUUCGAUAUUCCACGGUCAGCCGGCAUGAUAUUUCCUGAUAAUCGUAACUUCUUGGCGAGUGUACUACUACUACAGGUAGUUUAUAAUUAUAUUCUAAUGGCGUGUUUCUUUUUUCAUGUAAAGGUAAAGGAAUUGGACAAGAAUUUUUAAAAUGUCUUUCAAAGGUAAAAUUUUAAUUUUACAUUAUUAAGCUAGCUAUUAGCAUGAAUCUUUUUCUUUGGGGGAUAAAACGUUUGAUUUGACGUAUUAUUAUAUCAAACGGAAUAAACAAUCAUAAUAAAUUAUUAUAAUAAACCAAGUACUACAAUGUCUGAUUUGUAUCGAAAGCAAUACUAGAAAUCAAUCCGGUACCUCGACCAGGUUAUUGCUGUUGCAAAAAAGAUGGCUGACAAAUUUUAUAGGAGGUAUAUAGCCACAAACUCUUGUUGAAAUGCCAACCUAGAAGAUAACUAGAAUGUAAAUACCUUUUAGGAAAACUUAAAUAUGUCUCUUCAAAAUAGUUAAAAUCAAUAUUCCCAACCGAAUAUGCUAGGUUAAUGCAUUACUUAACUAACGUUACGAUUUAACUCUUAAAGAUUGCACUCGAUAAUGGGCUGGCCAAAAUACGUUGUAACGUUUUAAGCUGGAAUAAAAUCGCCAUUUCAUUUUAUAACAAGAUUGGCGGGAUUGUGGAGGAAGACUGGAGACAAUGCACAUUCACUCGGGAAAUCAUGAAAGAACUAGUGAAUUCUUAGCUUUAUGGUUGCACCAUUGUUAAUAUUUAUAGGGAUGAUGAUAAUUUUUUUGUGCUGUGUAGAAAACUCAAGCUAGCUCGUAUACGCAUUUUUAACACGAUUUCGAUAACACUAUCCCACACAGCAUAGACUUAAAUUCAGUAUUCAAUUUCCCCGCAAACCAUAGCUUAAUUGGCAAUUCCAGGUUUUCGUUUAUGCGUACAGAGGGGGAUGGGAAUUAAGGUAUCAUAUGCUGAAAAAAUAAUUUCAAUUAUGCUGAAAAAAUAAACAUCGCGGGCGUGUAAACACGUACACUUGCUCCAAGUCUCUCUUUCAUUGUCAUAUAGUAUCGAUCCACUAUAGUGUACAUUACAUGACGUAGCACGGAGGAGCGGAGCGAGAAAGAGAGACUUGUUAACUUCGGAAAAUCUCGGUUCAAAACUGAACCGAAAAUGCAAGACUUGCUUUAAUUGUUUUCUGUCAGUGUUUAUAUGCAUUGAUCUAGCACAAUGUAAAUAAAAUCAGUUCCAUUUCAGUAAAUAAUACAGAAAGGAAUUGAAAGAAAGCAAGCAAUUAAAGGAAGUCUUGCAUUUUCGGUUCAGUUUUGAACCGAGAUUUCUCUCUUUCUCGUUCCGCCUCUCUGUGCUACGUCAUGUAAUGUACACUAUAGUGGAUCGAUAUGACAAUGAAAGAUAGAGCAAGUCUAGUAAACACGGAGUGGAUAGCUUGUACUUGUAAUUAUUGAAGUAUUUCAGUUGUUUCGGCAGUUUUUAUUGACAUUUUUCAGGAAAAUUAGCAGUAUGGUACCCUACUUCCCGUCACCCCCCGCCCGCAUCAAUGAAAAUGCCUAUCACUUUCAAAAGUACAAAAUGCCAAAUGGCGUGAUCUACCCACUCAAUUCGAGUACACAAACGGCUUCAUGUACCCGCUUAACUCUUUCUCAACCGGCCCCUAUUUGAUAUUUUACUAUUUAAGAGGCAAUUUUUUUCAAUGAAAAGUGUAAUGAAAAGUGUUCAAAACCUAAAAUCUUUUUGGCGUUCCUCUCAAAUUACUUUGUUUUAGCGUUAUUCUCCAGCUUAUAGAGUUAGCUACCUUUUUAAAUGCAUCUGCCGGUUGAGAAACACAAAAUAAUAGUUAAAAAUUGUCAAUUAAAACACAACUAUCAAUGAUGCUUUAAAAUUGACGCCAUAUUUACAGCCAUAUAAGCAAAACUUACUGAACUUCAGACAUCAUUUUCUCUUUGGCGUAUCAUCUAUAAUCUCAUCAUUUUGGCAUUAUUUUACAGAUAAGGCACUAAACAUACUUUUUAAGUUUGUUUGCCGAUUGAGAAACG